AUGCAGAUUGAGAUCUUCAGGCGCUACACAUUGUUCAACAAAUGGCAACAGGCGCUACACAUUGUUCAACAAAUGGCAAUGCUUCUUUUGCCACUUAUUCGACAAAAGUUGGCAAAAGAGCAACGUGAAUGGAUCGACAAGCAGCGGGAUGGAUCUCUUAGUUUCUUGGAUGUCUGUGGCAUGGCCAGGGAGGCCUUGUUUCAAACAAAAGAAUGCAUGCACGAACUUCAGUCGAUUCUACGAAGAAGACGGGGAGUUGAAAGUGGACUUGCAAAUGAGGUCAAGAAAUGCAUGACAAUCAGAAAUACGAUAACAAAGACCAUUCGCAUGGCUUUAGGAAAUUUGAAACAUGCUCAAAAUAGAUAUGACUUUUGUCCCUUGAACGACGAGCAGGAUUCUUUAGCCAUUGUUAGAAACAUGAGGGAGCUAGAAGCAUUGACUGCGGGAGUGUUUGAAUCUUUGUUGUUCUUCAUCUUGGGUCAGAAGCCAGAAUCAAAGCCUCGGGUAUGGUUGCUAGUCUCUAAGUUGAUGCACCAGAAAGGAGUAGAACCCAAGGAAUAUGAAAGCUACGAUAACGAAUUUUCGAAGGUGGCUGCAGCAUUGCAAUUAAUUGUUAUCCCCAAAACGAGCAGUUGUAAUGAGCUCUUGGUGAAUACACAAAACCAACUAGAAAAUUUGGAGAUGUGCAUAGAAGAUCUAGAAGGAGGACUUGAAAAACUUUCUAGAAUUCUGAUCAAGAACAGAGUUUCCCUUCUCAACAUUCUCAACCACUAG